AUCUUUUAUAAAAGCCUUUGGAAAACUGGUGCAACAUUAUGAAAUGUUCAUAUACUGCGGCGAGUGAAUGAUUUGUCAGAACUACAACGAACGUAGCUACAAAGACUUAGCUCGAGAGAAAUGGUAUGGCGUCGAACUUGGACGAUCGGGCAUGUCCGCGGUUUUUGGACGGAUUCCACAAGAACAUUCUGCCAUGGGAUCGUUUCAAUCGAUGGAUUACAUGCUUCUGUGUGGUCACAUUUGAUCUCGAGUUGGGCCAAGCGAUGGAGUUGAUAUAUCCACGAUUUGUUCGCCUAUCUGAGAAAGAGAAAAUGAGCAUAUGUUAUUCAGCAUUUCCUGAUUCCAAUUCAGGAUGUAUGGGGGAUACCCAGUUUCACUUUCGAAUGAGAUCAGAAUCUGGUUCAUGCAAGAGUAAAAGCUGUUGUCGAUCCAAUGAGAAUGGCUUGCCAUUUGGUUACAAAAGUGACUUUGGGCAUUAUUAUGGCUUUGUGUAUUUUCGUCAAGUAAAGGAUCCUUCCAUACCACGAGGCUAUUUCCAAAAGUCCAUAGUGCUUAUCACCAGGUUGCCUUAUGUCAACUUUUUUUCAGCUGUGGUAAAACUUGUUGCUCCUGGAUAUUUCAACAUACUUGAGCUGGCACUUGAAGCAUCAUGUAAUGACAUUGAUCAUUGGCCCUACCCUGUUCCUGGUCAAACGCUUUCACUACCAAUCAUGGGCUCCUUGAUACAGGUUCAUUUACCGUCAGGAAAAGACAAACCUGGAACAAUUCUCUCACCUAGUUCAAGUCUUGAAAACACAAAUGCCAUUCCAGCUCCUCCAAUCCAGAUUUCAAUUCCUUUACUUAAAGAAACAGAUAUGUAUAGGUGCAUCUCUCCUGUUUUGAACAGCAUCCAUUUGCUCUGGGAACUUGUUUUAUUGAACGAGCCGAUUGUUGUCAUGGCUCCUUCUCCAUCUCUCUGUUCGGACGUUGUCCAGACUUUGAUAACCUUGAUCCAUCCACUGCAUUUCAACUCGGAUUUCCGCCCAUUUUUUACAAUACAUGAUAGUGAAUUCAAAGAAUACACAACAAAAACGCACUCUCCUCCACCAGUUAUAAUUGGAGUGACCAAUCCAUUUUUUGCUAAAACCUUACAACAUUGGCCUCAUAUCUUACGAAUAGGAGCAAUGAAUGACUUAGUUAUUGGUGGCCGGAAUCCUCUAGGGAACGAGAAAAGAUCUUUCGAGGCAAAGCCAGGUAUUUACACCCGUUAUAAACAGUAUCUACAGAGAGAUAAAUUGUUCAUCAAAGCUAUAAAAGGGUAUUGCGUU